CCGAUGCUGACGUAGAAUCGACCGUUUGUGACUUCUCUAGGUGUCCCACGUCCCCCAGUACCUGCCUUGUGAGUCUCGUUUUCAUUUGCUGAUUGAGACUCCUCCUUCACAGGAGUUUACGCCCCCUUCUUCAGCUCCUUGCCCACUUUUUAAGCAUUUUUUUUUUUUUAAUUAUGCAGUGGGUGGAGCUGGGGCUAUAGUUUACACUUUAAUUACGAAUGUUUACUUUUCAAACACUGCUGCAUUUUCCUGUCUGGUGUUAAAGUGCCUUGAACCCUCGGUAAAUACCACGUUCGAGCUGGUGGCGUAUUUACAGCAAGAAACAGCAAACUAUGUAGUAAAUAUUGUAUACAUUGUGUAUAAGUAUUAGAUGAGUGUGCGAGUUUAAUCUUAUUUUUAGUUUUAUUAAUCUUGUAUGUUUUUGGCGUCUAAAAUCUAUGAAAGACUACAAAACAUCGUAAAUCCACCCCUUUGAAAUGGGACGACAUGGUAUAACCAGGAAGCACGGCUUGUAGUGUUUCUGUGUUUAGGGAAAUGAGCCGUUCGGGAAGUGGUAACGUAAGGAAUAGUGUGCUGUUACGGAGGUUCGAAUCUAGACCUUAUUUCUCCAAGUGGCAUGUAAAUGUCCGUGCCCACUUCACGUCAUUUCAGGAAUCAGACAUUUUCAGUCAGUGUGUUGCGCUGUCGCCGUUCGCUCUUUCGAAAACGAACACAUCUUCGGCCAAACUGAACAUUUGCUAGCCAACCUUCAGCUGGCACUGUUAACUUAUUCGCAUUGUAUGCCAGGGACAUCGCCUAGACAGCAGUUUGAACUCCCAGCUUUAACGUGACAUUGUCGCAUCAUGUCAGACUUUAUCAUUUUAGCGUUGAUUCUUUUUCUAGUUCUAAGUUUGAUUGUCACCAUCGUCUUGUUUGUACUGUACUCGGGUCUGCUCAGCGAGAUUGUUAUUCGGACAGGUUCUCCGCCUAUUAAAAAGAUUACAAUAGCAUACAAAUUCAAAGAGGGACCUUAUAAAGACUGUGGAGCAAGUUUCACUGAAGCUUGCAGCAUUGGGCCAAAGCUGUCCUGCAUCGGAGUGUAUUACGAUGAUCCAAAACAGGUGCCUGAAGACAAGUGUCGUUAUGCAGUGGGCAGCAUUCUGAGUGAGGGAGAUGAGAAACCAGACGAGGAUCUCCUGAAGGAGUAUGAGAAAUAUGGCUUCAGUCUGAUGUCCUUCCCAGAGGUGGACCACGCCGUCACCACCACCUUUCCCAACAGAAGCCCCAUAUCCCCUUACAUAGCAUCCUACAGAGUCUACCCUCAACUGGCAUACUACAUUGAGGAACGGGCGCUGUCUGCUGCCCCCUUCAUGGAGUUCUACAAGGAUGACGUCAUCCACUACAUGUGCCCGCUGUCCCGUCAGAACAGCUUCUUUGUGCCCGAGGUCCGCCUGGUCGAGAAGAAGGAAGAGGGGUCGGACGAUGAUGGAAGUACGGAUGUCACAGGUGGUGACUCCAACAGUGAGAGCAGCUAUGGCAGCCGCGCCGUCCCAACCGAGAGCAGGGAGACUUCACUGGCCCCCUCCACCAUCCCAGAGGAGGAGCAGGAGGCGCAGGAGGAGCAGGGGGAGCAGGGGGACCGGGCCGAACACAGCGAGCGCGGGUCCGACGCCUCCGUGGGCAGCGGCUCAUCCUUCGAGGAGCUGGGCCUGGAGGAGGAGGAGGAGGAGGAGGAGGAGGUGGUGGUAGAGGAGAAGAAGAGGGAGGACGAGCCGAGAGAGGAGGAGGGCUCGCCAAACAAGGCCGCCGCACCAGAGGAGAAGGAGCCUGCGGUCGACGGAGAGGAGUAGAUGGAGGGAGCGGCGGGAGGGUGGGGGGUUGUGGGGGUUGUGGGGGGUUGUGGGAGAUGUCCACGUUCUUGACUUCAGUAGUGGCAAUGGAUCGGUUUUUAUGUCGAGAGAG